AUAUAUUUUUAUAUAUUUUAUGAAUAACACAAAUAACCUUUAAACUAUCCAAAUCCAUCUCUUGUGUCGGGGUUGUGGACUGGCCACUCCGGCGGUCGCCAGCCGUGAUUUGUGGGCUCGAGCUUCCGUCCAACAGCUGCUCCCAAAUCCAGUGCGAACGCAUGGCGGGCUUGGUGGCCGGCGAUCCUGAGAAGCAGUAUGAGUGGCACGAGACGUACCGCGACUUCAUGAAGAACAUGUACCGCACCUCGUAUGAUGACAUGGCCAAAAACCGGGAGGUGCAUGUGAAGAGCGACCUGCCCUCAGGCUUCGGAGGGCACGUGCCAUCCGUGCGCCAUGACAUCCUCUUCCGGAACACGGCGUUCGACCGCGCGCAAGAAGCGCUGCGGACGGACCCAAACCGUGAUGCUCGACCCUCCUUUCAGGACCACAUCGCAGGGAUCCCCUCCACGCCCCUCCCACGUGGAGCCCGCAAGCCUCCGAGCUACGGGGUGGUACCACACGACGGAACGACGACCAUGCUGAAGCCGCCCUGGGGAGUCAUCACCACGCGGAACUUUCCCUUGAGCCAUCGUUGCCCUCCGCCCACGAUGGUCGAGGGCCAGUCUCGGCUCACCGAUCGCUUCAAUCAGACCGCCCCAGGCGGCUUCGGCUCUGCCACACCCACACCGCGGAACUGAGCUUCGGUGCUCUGAAGGAGCCCAGCUGGCACGUUGUCACCGCGCAUCAGGAAGAACCUGGUGCACCUUGCCCAUCCUGGUGCCUCAACCUGAGAGAACAGAGAAGGUUUGUAAGAGCCCAGGUGUGAAGAUGAGCUGAGGAAUCAUCAGGAUCAUCA